AUGCUGAGCUUGCAGAAAGACCAAAUUCCGAGUCGCGGCGAUAAGUUAGCAUUACUGGAUGACAAUGUACAUCUACCGAAAGAAGUAGAUUGGAGAGCAAAGGGCACUGUCACCACAGUGAAGGAUCAAGGGCGUUGCGGAUCUUGUUGGGCUUUUAGUGCGGUAAGCUUGAUAUUUCUUUUGGUAUUCCCCCUUAGCAAGCCUUAG